CGUGUGGCAGAUGAGAUGGACCUCAACGUGGGCCACGAGGUGGGCUACUGUGUUCCCUACGAGGACUGCUGCGUUCCAGAGACCCUGCUCAGGUUUUGCUUGGAUGAAGUCCUGUUGCAAGAGAUGACCUCGGACCCCCUUCUGCGGCAGUAUGGGGUGGUGGUGCUGGACGAGGCUCAGGAGCGCACCGUGGCCACGGAGCUGCUGCUGGGGCUGCUGAAGGACGUGCAGCACCAACGCCCAGAGCUGCGCCUGGUGGUGGUCACUGAGCCUCUCCUGGAGGAGCAGCUGCACCAUGUCUGCCAGGAUGCCCCCAUGGUGCGGGUCCCGGGGCUUGGCCCGGCCCCACGCAUGACCUACAGAGAACCCCUCCCAGGGGGCCACAUACCUGCUGCCUGCCAAGCAGCGUUGGAGCUUCAUCGGCAAGAGGAGGCUGGCGACGUGAUGAUCUUCAUGGCCAGUGAGCAGGAGAUCAAAGAGUGCUGCGAGGCCCUCCGAGCAGAGGCUGCGAUUUUAGAGGCCAGCCUGGGACCCCUGGUGGUGCUGCCUCUGCAUGCGGCUGUGGGGAGGGACAGCCAGAAGUUGUAUGAGGGCAGCCUGGGUGAUCGGGCGCGCCGAGUCAUUGUCACCCACUGGCUAGCAGACGCAGCCUUCUCUGUGGGCAGCAUCAGGCACAUCAUCGAUACGGGGAUGGAGCUGCGCAACGUCUACAACCCCCGGAUCCGGGCUGCAUCACAGGAGUUGCGCCCCAUCAGCCGGAGGCAGGCAGAAGCCCGGCGGCUCAGGGCUGCUGGUGCCCCUCCAGGGACCUGUUUGCGCCUCUAUUCAGAGGCCAGCUACGAGCAGAGGCUGCCGGCCGUCUCCCCCACUCACCUCAUGGAGGCUGACCUUCGCCGCCCCAUCCUGCUGCUCAAGAGGCUGGACAUUGCAGAUGUGGGCCAGUGUGACUUUCUCGACAGGCCAGCCCCUGAGUCUCUGAUGCAGGCCCUGGAGGAUCUGGAUUACCUGGCCGCCCUGGAUGACGACGGGAACCUCUCCGAGGUGGGCAUCAUUAUGUCGGAGUUCCCCUUGGAUCCCCAGCUGGCCAAGGCCCUCCUGGCCUCCUGCGAGUUUGACUGCGUGGAGGAGAUGCUGACUUUGGCCGCCAUGCUGACCGCGUGGCCUUGUUUCCAGAGCCCGGUGGCACGCUGGGAGGACGCGGUGGUAGCACGGCAGCAGGCCCUGCUCCACCCGGCCGGGGACCACUUCACCCUCAUCAACGUCUUCAACGCGUUCCACCAGCAGAGCGACCCAGAAAGCUGGUGCAGGAAACAUGCGGUCAGUGAGGCAGCCCUGCAGCUGGCUGGAGCGGUGCGGACAGAGCUCUUGGACGUGAUGCAGCGGAUUGAGCUGCCGGUCUCCCCGCCGGCCUUUGGCACCGACAGCAAUGUCCUGCAGCUGAAGCGAGCCCUCCUCACCGGCUUCUUCCUCAAGGUCGCCCGGGACAUCGAUGGCUCAGGCAACUACCUGCUGCUGACCCACAAGCACUUGGCCCAGCUGCCCCCCAGUUGCUGCUACCGACUGCGCCGCCCAUCCCCACGGCCCCCCUCCUGGGUGCUCUACCACGAAUUCACCAUCUCCCAGGAUAACUGCCUGAGGAUUGUCUCCGAGAUCCCGCCAGAAUUUGUGGCUGAACUGGCCCCCCAGUACUUCCUGAGCAAUCUGCCCCCCAGCGAGAGCCGGGACUUGCUGAUGGAGCUGCGGGGGACGCUGGCGGGGGAUGGCCCCCUUCCGGGUGAAGAGGAGAACCCCCAGCCCCCCAAAGUGGCUGAGGACGCAGGAGAUGCCUGUGUGCUGCAGUGA